GAGAGGAGAGGAGAGCAGAGGAGACCUCCAUGGGGCCUUGGAGUCGAGUCAGGGUGGCCAAAUGCCAGAUGCUGGUCACCAGCCUCUUUGUCUUGCUACUGGGCCUCGCUAUGGCCACCACGGCAGUGCUCACCUACCUCGGGCCCCACUUUGCUGUCAUCGGCCACGCGUCCUCAGAGAGGACCCCCUACGAAGUUUUGCACCUCUGGGCCUUCUCCGCAGGAAUCAUCCUGGCCGGGCUCCUGACCCUAGGGGCUGUGCUGAGUGCUGCAGCCACUGUGAGAGAGGCGGGGGGCCUCAUGGCUGGGGCCUUCCUGUGCUUUGCCCUGGUGUUCUGCGCCCUGGUGCAGGUGGCCUUCUGGAGGUUCCACAACCCCACGCAGGUGGAGGACGCCGUGUUGGACGCCUACGAUCAGGUGUACGAGCAGGCGGUGAAGAGCUCGUCGGGAAUGUGGCGGCAGGAGCUGGUGGCCAUCCAGGACAUGUUUCAGUGCUGUGGUAAGAGCCCCCCCCUCGGCCUCCCGGAGGGCUCGGAGGCUGACCUGUGUCGGGGGCAGGAGGCCGCCAGACAGGGCUGCCUGCAGGGGAUCAGGAGCUUCCUGAGGUUGCACAGGAACGUCGUCUCCGCCCUGAUCAGCCUCGGCCUCGCCUCCACGGUGUACGCGACGCUGCUCAGUGCCUUCCUCUGGUCUGCCAUCCGCUCGGGCAAAUACACCCUGAGCCCAAGGGCCCGUGGCUGCCAGCCCCAGGAGCCCUGCUUCUACAGACGCUGCCAGGAGGGGCCCGCCCCUCACCACCUGUCUGAAGCAGAUGCUCUCAGGGGCCGUCGGGGUCCAAGCAGUUGCUCGGGUCACCCUCCGCUGCUCCAGGACACCCACCCACUGCUCCAGGACACCCACCCGCCUACACACAGGAGCAACAGAGACGCUCCGGCCUCGGGCCGCUGUGCUCCCCGAGACCCCUUCCCCUCCAUCCUCAAGUCAGCACAGCAGCUGGAGGUCAGCACUAAAGGCUUGGUUGUAUGGCAGCUGCACCACUUUGGCAGGAACCCUGCACAGACUGAGGUUUACACCAUCCUCUCCCCUGGGUCUCAGGCCUCCAGAUUCAGACUGGAUGGCAUCACCAAACUGGCCUUCCUGGGCCGCCAGUGUGCAGACAGCAGGUCAUUCCCAGCCCCCAUAACCAUGUGA